AUGCACUCGCACAACUCGUACAGCGUUGCCAGACGAAGUGGCAUCCUAUACUUGCUUGGAUUCUGGACUUUUUCUUCUGAAGACGUCGCCCGAGAGCUGUCGUUAUUCAAGGCAUCAUCAUACUGGCCCGAGUCGAGGCUCAGCGGUACUCUCAACUGCGUCCGGAAAAGGGCAUUGGACGAUUUGAAACAAGGCUUGCUUAACCUCGAAGCGGAGACAGGAUGUGAUUCCGGCCUUUGCAUUGUUCACAGCUUGUGUGAGAAUCCAGGCUUGGAUGAGGGGCUUCGGAAAUUUUUGACUGACACACAGCACGAAGAGAUAACCGAGCUGCUGCAUAUGUGUUCACCGCAAGAUCAAUCAUCGCGGCCACACAUCGAGCAGUCAAAUAUGCAGUGGAUUUUGGCAUUCUUCCAAUGAAAAGACCAAUUCACGGAAAUUCGUUGCAAGAAGUUUACUCUGCAAUAGCUAAAGCCGUGUCCAAAUAUUUUCGUGCUGAAAUAAACAGCGAUUGGUAAAUGAAUAAAGGUUGAAGAACACAUAUCACUCUAAGGAAGGAAAAUUCACGAUCCCAACUUCGCACCACCAAAAUUUAAUGCAACUUUUCUUCCACUCUUCUUUAUUUUCAGGCGAAACCUUUAAAAUGUUUCUAUGGAAAUGGUAGAUUUAAAAAAAAAAUAUCCGAGUAAAGCUUUAAUAUGCUAAAUAAAGGAAGCAAACAAGUGAAAA